AUGACACAACCGCCACGAGCCGAAGAUGCGCCAGCUUCUCAAUGCCGGUUUAGCGCAACCCAGCCGCUAGACCGACUUCGAGGCCUUCUUCCCGCUAUCUUUGCUAAGCCUGAUGUCAAACUAGAGAUCGACCCUAUUCCUAGAACGAACGUUGACCGCCGUCGAUCAUCAUGUGUCGCCGCUUCCCUCGAUCAAGAUGAGACUCUGCCUGAGAAGAUUUCCACGCAGCAGGAACACGGGAUUGGUGUGUCAGAAACCGUCGCCAGGGAUGAGACAGUCCUCUACCUCGCGUACGGGUCAAACUUAGCUUCCAAGACUUUCCGCGGAAUGCGCGGCAUAAAACCGCUGUCGCAGAUUUCUGUGUUAGUCCCCGAACUCCGUCUCACCUUCGAUCUACCGGGAGUACCGUAUGCAGAGCCCUGUUUCGCAGGCACACAAUACAGAGACAUCUCUCCUCCAACAGACGACGAGACCGAACUCCAAGACAACGAGACUGAACUUCAAGACGAUGAGACGGAUUUGUUGGACAGUGAGUAUCUGUCAGAGAAGGCUGUGCUCAUAACUCGAACACGGCAGGUGGAGGUAGCCUCGACCUGUGAUAAGCGUCAAUGGCACAAACCUCUAGUCGGAGUUGUUUACGAAGUCACGCUAGCCGACUACGCGAAGAUCAUCGCCACGGAGGGCGGUGGUCGUGGAUAUCUUGACCGUGUCAUCGAUUGUCAUCCCUUCCCUCCUUCGUACAACCCCUCCGACCCCGUACCGGAUUACCCCAGCACACCAGCUUUCAAGGCACGCACUCUGCUUUCACCAGCUGCGGACAAUGCCCGCUUGAAACUGCUAUCUCAGAAAGACGAUGUCGUGCCGCUACCUAGUGGUCCAAAGCCGUCAUGGUGGUAUACCGUCUGCUUGCAUUUCCGGCCGGAUCCUAAUUACGCUCAGCCCUCUGCCCGCUACCUUGGGCUGAUCAAGACCGGCGCUGCGGAACAUGAUUUGCCUGUUUCAUAUCAGGAAUAUCUCGCACAGAUCAAGCCUUAUCGUAUCACAACUAUGCACCAGAAGAUUGGGAAGGCGAUCUUCCUAGUUCUGUGGGCGCCUUCUUUGAUUUUGACCAUGUCAUUAUCCAGGAUAUGCGCCGGUCCUGAUGGUCGUAGUCCACCAUGGCUAGUGGCUCUGGCCAAUUCCGUUUUCUCGGGUAUGUGGACUAGUUAUGACUGUUUCUUCGCUCGUAUAUUUGGGGAUGGCGAGCGGGGUUUAGAUGAUACCCGGGCCUGA